UUCAAGCAACUCUGCAUUGGCAGUCAGGCGUCUGAGUCAACAACAGUUAGAAGGAGCUUCAGAGGUGCAGUUUCCAAAACUAUUACUUUAAAAUCUUAAACAAUUCAGAGGUAUUUGGCAACUUUGCGUUUUUCUAGACAAAGAAGACUUCAUUUCAACCAAGGCUCACCACUUUGGUAGCGGAAUUGACUGGGGAUCCUGAACAGGAGUUCACAAUGAAGUCACUUGCAUCUUUGUUCCUUUGGAGACUCAUUGCAUUGUUAAUGCCACUGGCCUCAUUGAGCCAGACAGCGGAGUAUGAGUACCUGAGCUGGAAGUCAGACUUGUAUAACAGUGGCCGCAUCUACGACAAGCCUCCACAGUGUGUGAAGAUCCCAGAUGACUUGAAGCUGUGUCACAAUGUGGGCUACAACGAUAUGCUGCUGCCUAAUUUACUAGAACAUGAGACUAUGGCUGAGGUCAAGCAACAAGCUGGGAGCUGGGUGCCCUUGGUGCACAAAAGCUGCCACCCCGGCACACAGUUGUUUCUGUGCUCUCUCUUUGCCCCUGUAUGCCUAGAGAGGCCCAUCUACCCAUGCCGCUGGCUCUGUGAAAAUGUGCGUGAUGGCUGCACCCCCAUAAUGGAGGCAUUUGGGUUCCCCUGGCCUGAGAUGCUCACCUGCGAGAAUUUUCCUCAAGAAGAUGUGUGCAUCAGUGCACCCAAUGCCACAGAUGCCUCCAAACCCAUUGGAUUCUCUCCAGUUUGCCCUCCUUGUGACAAUGAAAUGAAAAUGGAUGCUAUUCUGGAGAACAUGUGUGCCAGUGAAUUUGCCAUAAAGACCAAGAUCAAGGAGGUCAAACAGGAGAACAUGGAUCGCAAGGUAAUCCUGCAGAACAGGAAAAAGCCUGUAAAGCUGGGCACUUUGAUGAAGGAAGACAUGAAGAAGCUCACUCUGUAUUUGAAGAAUGGAGCCAACUGCCCUUGUGCACAGCUAGAAAAUCUUGGAAACACAUACCUCAUCAUGGGCCGCAAAGUGGACAAACAGUACCUUCUCACUGGCAUUCACAAGUGGGAAAAAUCCAGCAAGGAGUUCAAAAAGACACUGAAAAAACUCAAAAGCCACAAGUGUCCUGCCUACGAGAAUGUCUUUAAAUAAACAUUCUCAAAAUUGCCACUUACGUUAUGAACUUGCACAUCCUGGCAACCCAAAAUAUUGCUCUAUUUUUCAUUGUUUAUAUACAAUAUAUAUAUAUUUCUCAUGUUUUUUAUAGAUCAACAUUCAAAGUGUCUUGGAUCUGUGCUGUUUAGGACUGUAACUGAAGAGAUAAUGAAUGAUACAGUACAGUUGACAAGCUUUCCACUAAAACCAACAGAUCACUUUUGUAUAUAUCCAUAUAUGUAACUGUUCAUAACAUGUUGUGAAAUUAUCCGAAUUUGCCAGAAAUUGAUUGUUGAUCUUUUUUUCCUUUCUUUUUUAAUUAUGCCACAAAAAUAUUUUGUAACAUGACAGAUUUUCAGUCGGUAGCACUCUGCCCAGGAUGCUCACAACUUAUUGGUAAAAUAUUUGUACACAAUGUAUUAAGUGCAGUCCAUAUAAAACAAAUUGAGCCAUUUCUUAAGGUAUUUUGAAUGUAAUUGGUUCCUAGAAUUACCCCAAGUUUAAUACACAAUGGUAUUCUAUUUUCUUCCAUACAAUGCUGUGACCAUGAACUAAUCUAACAGUCAUCAAACUUCUCUGUUGACUCUGGUGAAUAAGUCUGUUUUUAGCAAGUACUCAUUAUAUAUAUUUGCAUAACAUUUAUUGCACUGUUAAAGCCAUGUUUAUGACCAGUUGAAUUACCCAGUCCGAAAUGAUUGGGUUAAUUAAGGAUUCUGCUUGACGUUAGAAUACUGUUUACAUAGGCCUAUACUUUAUCUACUGUAAACACACUAUAUGUUUUCUGACCAAGUUAAGUGAUAGCACAUAGCAUCAACAAGAUUCAUAAUAACAAUGCUUUUUAUUUGAUCAGUACAGUACAUUUUCCAUAUAAUCCCACAGCUCGUUACUGUUAUGUAUAGUGCUGAUAAUGAUGCUGGUGAAAAGUUAAAGGAAGUUUUAGUUCAGAAUUUUAAUUGCAAAUCUAUUGAAAUUUCAGCCCACAGCUUUGUCUGAAAUGCAUGUCACCAAUCAGUUAAAAAGGCAUGUGCACUGCAUAAGAUUUCUAUUUUAAUUUUUGUUUUAAAAUUAUCUUGUUUUGGUGUAGCAUUAUUAGAUUGUCUGUUUUCAUUGUUUUAUGUUGGCAAUCAUUUUGUACAUAAAAUUCUAGCACAAAUAUUAAAUAAAGACUAUAAAAAUG